UCAACAAUUUUGGAAUAAAUUGGAAAAGCUAGGUCGAAAACGGCGUCGAAAGCUCCAGACGAAGCGAAGCCAGGGGAUCCAUUUUCCACAGAUCAAGGGGAAACUGGUAAAAUUCGUUUUUCCGUCCCGAUUGGAGCGAUCAUCUUCUUGAUCGGGAUAACAUGAGCGAAGAGGGAACAGGGAAGGCCAGCGGUGGCUUUCAGCCGGCCGCCGGAGGACAUUCUUCGCAUCUGCCGCCGCCGCCGCCGCCGUUCAAUUAUUAUUAUGGCACGUUUCAAGGCGUGGCUAAUUAUCAGCCUCAACCUCCUCCUCAAUCUCAUCCGGUAAUGGGUUUUCCUCAGCCUGUACCUCCUCCAGGCUUGUACGCUCCCCCGCCGCAUUACUAUCCGCACGGAUAUCAAACCGCUCCUGGUUAUGCUGUUAUCAAUGUAAGGCCAAUUAGAGAGGCUCGGCUACCUUGCUGUGGUUUGGGAAUUGGGUGGUGUUUGUUUAUUGUUGGCUUCUUUAUGAGUGCAAUUCCCUGGUACAUCGGAGCUUUUCUGUUGGCAUGUGUUAGAUUGGAUUACAGAGAGAAGCCUGGACUCAUUGCUUGUGCUAUAGCUGCUCUGCUUGCUACAGUUGCUGUUACAUUCGGUGUGACGAGGGCCACUCAUUCCUGGUGAAGCUCGUAGUUUUUGUAAAUUCUCCUACAUACAUAAAUAUAAUCCUCCAUUCCUACUCCCCGGCAAAGACUGUCAGAAUGAAAUGUCGUCAAUUGUUUUAAACAACAAUAUAUGUUGUAUAUAUAUUUAUGCAAUAUGCUGGCAAUUGGUUUA